GCCCUCGCUUGUCCUGAGCCCACCACAGCGACGACCGCUACUUUGACCGCCUCCCUCACAACCGGUCCUCUUUUGCUACUGUCUUUGUCUUUUGUCCUAUGAUACCCUUAUAAUUCACGACCUCCUUGCCUACCUACCACGAUCAGCACCCAACUAUUUCCUCGCGUGGCCUAAAUUAUAGGUGACUUUUCGGCUCAGUGCUGACCAACCUCGCUGCUGCCUCGCCUUUGCCAUCGUUCUAUUUGCUCCGGUUCCGGCUCCAUUCUCUUGGUUCAGUGGAUCGAGAAACGACGCUAUACCAAUUCUAGGCUCUAAAUCAUCCCAUUUACAUCAUGAAUCCAACUUUGAACCAUGAUAUCGACAUCCCUAAUGCACAAUCUCACCCUUCAGUACUGGGUGCAGGAGGCCUGCCGGCCUCGAGGUCCUCCUCCUCUCUCGCCUCUUCCUCAAUAGCAUCUUCGCUUCUCGCUCCCGCAGCUCCACCGCUCGAUUCCAGCCAAUCUGAAUUGGCGACGUAUGAUCACUCUGUGGCCGCGCCUGCUACAACAAAUCCCUCAAAGAAUCGGUUCUUUCCCAUCUCUUCCGCUCGCUCCCCUUCCCCCGGUCAUAUGGGUCAAUCUCAGUCUGGCACUGCCGAUAAUGCAACAUUACCAUUACAAGUCCCUGCGCCUGUGUCUUCAUCCGCUAGCUCCAUAGCUAGUAGUACCGGCAGUAGAUUCAAACGUGCCUGGGGUCGCCGGAAAAAGUCUGAAGAUAUUAGUGCUAUCCUGGAUGAUGCGCCGAUACCUUCUAGCAAGGGGAAAGAUCGCGCCGUAAGCGCACCGUUGUCCACCACCACUGGCGCACGUCAAUCAUCAGAACACCAGCGGAUACCCUCGGCUCCUCCCAUCAAGACUGGCAAACCUUUGCUACCGAUACAGCUCACUUCGCCGUUCAACGUCUUCGCGAGUAAGAAACAUGCACCGUCACCGAAAUCACCGAGAUUUACAGGUUCUGCACCGCAAGCCCCGCCGCCUCCCAUGAAGCUGACCCAGUCACAGAUGUCCAAAGAUCUUCCGCCUCCGCCUGAGAGUGCAGCAGCUCCCUCAAAGGAACAACUCAACAUAGGAUCUCUGAUCGUGAGCCCGAGCACGGCUGCAGCCAUCCAACUGCUGCAAGUGUCAGAGCUGCAGCCGAAAGAAAAGGACCCGAAGGAGAGGAGCGCGCCAAGGGAGACUUUGCGUCGACCUAGCACCGCGAAGGAAAGGACGGAUCACGAAAUGAAACAGGACUGGCGGAAAAGUGAUUCCACGACGAUCAGUCACAGUACCAUUCGACCAGGCGCGUUUGGCAACCGGUCGCCGCGUCCUGUUUCACUUGCAGAGUCUUCGCAUUCAGGACACACCAUUGUGCCUGUUAACAGGCGACUCAGUGCGUUGAUCACAGAUGCAGAGUUCGCCAUGCCGGAGGAAGGGGACGUGACAGAUUCAAGUCAAGAGUUCGCGAUCCCAAAGUUCAACUCAAGAGCGUCCCCGGCGUCGUCUGUGAAGGCACGAAAUCGCCGUUCCAUGUCCUUAAACUAUGUCCCUGGCAGUUUCACGCCGCCGAAGCCGAAGCCAGGCACGGCUGAUUCUAGUACGUUCACUGUAAAGGAGGGUUCAUUUGCUACCUUACAUCGCACAUUCACGGAGACGAACACGACGUCAACAACUCCUGAUUCUCCCCCUAUAAUCACCAAGACUGAUGCGAAAGGUUUCAUUGCGCCUCUGCAACCACCAGGUGCUGCUCAUAGUACAGGAAGCAAUAUUCGUGGACGUUUGGCUGCGUGGACAUCAACUGCGGCUUCCUCACGGCGUGCGGAUCAACCACCUGUCUCACCACCUGCCUACGCUCAACGUAUGCCUGUGAACGCCCCUACCCAGUCUUCAUUCCGACAGACAGCGGUCAGUAUCACUGGACAGACUGCUGCUGGGAUCGCUUUGGGUAUCGGGAAGCGAGCAGCCAACAAGGUCACUCGUGUAUGGGGCGGCUUGAGCUCGAGUUCCUCCAGUACAUCUGGACACUCGACUUCUUCGUCGAAUAGUGGUACACCUUCGUCCUAUCACAGUUCAGACCUGGGCCGUUCAGCUUCUGAACAGUCUAUGCCUAGCCAUUCUGGAGGAAUGUGGAAGGUGAAGCGUCGGACGCCGAAUGCCCCUUCAGGCUCUUGGAGUGUCACCUCCUCCUUGGCGUCCUCUUCUGUAUCUGAUUUCGACACACCGACAGGGCCUAUUCUCGGAACCCGUAUUCGAGGUCCCAAGCGGACGGCAACUGGCUCUCACGUGGCUGGGGGUCUUGUCUUUGGUCGGGACCUUGCAACAUGUGUAAACGAGACUGCCAUCAAUAGUACUCUGAUUUCAAAGGAGUUUGGGAGGCAGUCGGAGGAAGCUAUGGCUUUGAGACCAUUGGAGAAACGACUUUUGCCGGCACUUGUCGUGCGUUGUUCACAGCAUCUUCUUCAAUGGGGUGUCCAGGAGGAAGGUCUCUUCCGAGUAACAGGACGUCCUACUCAUGUGGCCAAGCUUCGAUCCGAAUUCGACACAGGAGCUGAUUACAAUCUUGUGGAAUGCGGCCCUGGAGAUUUAGACCCUCAUGCUGUAGCUUCCAUCUUCAAGGCAUAUCUUCGUGAAUUACCUCAACCACUCCUCACUUCGCAUCUUAUCCCUCUCUUUGAGGCAGUCAUGACGCCUGAUGCCAAGGAAGAGGAGUCCGCUAGUGGUAGGCCUGGACACAUGCGUGUUGGGUCAAGAGGCCCAACAUUGCCAUCCGGACCUCGUGCUGGCGCACCUCUCGCAUUGCGCAAGCCACCCUCACUGUCAACUCUAGCGAUGCCUAGCUUUGCUGGCAUGCGUACAUUAUCUGAGGCAACGCUAUUAGCUCUCGCCGGCCUCGUUGCGCAGCUUCCACCUUACAAUCGCGAUCUGCUCUAUACAGUUGUGGAGCUCAUCCGAGCAACUUCGGCCCGUGUUAAAGAGACAAAGAUGACAUUAGGGAACCUCUUGCUCGUGUUUUGUCCAAGUUUGAACAUGAGUCCUUCCUUGCUGCGCGUCCUUUGCGAAGCAGGGAAGAUCUGGGACGGACCUCCGCAAGAGCCCGCGGAAUCUGUGGUGAUUGAUAUAACGGCACCCGUUUUGGAUAUCGCGCCAACAGAUGGAAGUGCAGACCCAUCCAGUCAUUCUGCAGCCCCGUCGCCACAUGCGGACAACGACACUAAAUUGACUAACGUCGGAGCAGGUCCUAUGGAGGAUUCCUUGGAUUCCAAUGACGCAGUCCCACGACCCAGAGUCAGACAUCCUGUUUCUACAUUUUAUGGUACCGCACUUGAAGUACCUACCGCCAGCACCCUUGAUCGACUUUCCAGUAACUCAGGUCAAGAUGACAGCGCUUCAUACGUGUCAGCUCUUGACGGCCCAGCCCGCACGAAUAGUGCGCCUUCCUCGCUCGCAGACAGCCCGCGUAUUCCUCAGCUAUCUUGCUCGACUGACUCCCUUGCAACCCCGUCCACAAUGUCCGAGAACCCUUCAUUCUCUAGUGAGCCUAUCACUAGGGAAUCAUCCUCAGAAAAGUCGGAACAGUUACCUAUCGGUACGCCUUUGGUUGCGGAAUCUGAAGAAUUGCCAUUACCUUCCUCUAGACGGCCAAUCAUCAGUUCACCUAUCCCGUUCCCGUCAACAGACUCUAGUGUGCCUCAGCCUGGCCUCACAAGGCGGAAGUCAUACAACCUUCUUUCCUUCCCUCCAUUGAAAUCAGACUCCAGUAACUCUUCACCUGCCUCCCCUGCCUCCCCAUCCUCAACAUGGUCACGGAGGAAUUCACGUCCCUCCCUUCGACUUCUUUUCUCCAAGAGAUCCGCUUCUCCUCUCACCACCCCGUCUUCAGCUACGAAUCCUCCACCAGCAUCUGCCCUCUCAACGACGUGCGUCUACCAUGAUUCAUUGGCGUCUGCUGCACCGAUUCCAUUCGCCCGUGCCGAUACGCCUCCUGUGUUGACCACAGACAUCUCAUCGUCGCCCAUACGCCUUUUCGGUUCAUCCGCCCUCAGAGAUGACCCAACUUCCAGACACGUGCAGGACGAAUCUUUGGAGCCUCCGGCAGUUCAUGGCGGGGUGAAUUCCUCCACGUCUUCUCUCUACUCAACACCGCAGCAUACACCCACCGUAGAUCGCUCUGGUGUUCCAUUGGUUGACGAUAGCUCUUUAUCCGUUCGGGCUUCGAAUUUCCUUCGGUCACCCUCUCAGUGCUCCUUGACGCCAUCUAUCGACCUGAAUAUCGAGGAUGAUGCCGAAGAUGAUUGGGCUCAGAGUGUCUUGACUGCAGCAGGUUCGAGCAUGACCAGUCGUCGGACGACUCUGAAAGAGCCGAUGAAGGUUUCAUAGCCGUGCUGACUGUAACAGUGCAUACUUUCGUUUCCACGUCGCUCCUUACCUUUGCCCUUUCCUCUUCCUUUCUGACGUAGCACUUACAACCGUCUCAUUGUCAACACUAUCUAUUACUAUCCAUUUAUGAAUUCCAGUUUGAUACAGUCCCGUUGACGAGGGCCGGUUGCUUAGCCCAAGAUCUAGUGGCUGACUACGUGACUAUAUUAGAAACGUAUAUACGCACGGCAUGAAUAUUUGAGGGUUUGCGACCAAUGCAGAAUGCUACAGUUCUAUGUAUCUAGUUACAGGCGGUACUGCUACAAGUCAGGUUCCUCUAAGC